AUGAAAUCUUCUUUCUUAACCAAGACUUUGUUAUUACUUAGUGUUACAGCUAUACUUGGUGUCUCUGCUAUCGAAAACGGUGAAAAUGUUAAUGUUUCAGAAGGUCUGGAUACUCCAGUUGGUAAUAUUACAGAUUUCCCAAGAGAUACUAAUACAUUAGAUGUUGAUUUACAUCCAGAAUUAUCGGGUAAUUUAAUUUUUCAAAUAUGUUAUAAGAUUACAAUGGCUUUUGUUGCCGUUUUACGUCUAUAUCUAAGAGUAUUAAAUGAUGUAGUUGAUAGAAUGGAUGCAAUUCCAAGUUGUACUAAUUCAUUCAGAACUAUGUUUAGACGUCUUUUCACUAGAUUAAAUUGUAAAAGUGAACAAUUUGCCUUUAGUAAUUCGGGUAAAUUUUGGGAUGUUGUCUUUGUUGGCCAAACUAAUGAAUACGAAUGUGUUGGUGAUAAUCAAUGGGAUGAAAUUGAAAAAGGUUUAACUGUAGCAUUUAAUGAAAAUGAUCAAUUCGAUAAUGUUAGCUCAUUUUGUCUAAAUUUAAAAUUUGAUGAAGAAUGGUCAGCUUUAGUUAGAUUACAAGUUUCUUCUGAGAAGACUUAUACUGAUCUAUAUGAUAUUCCUUGUGAUGGAGAUUUACUAUCUUAUAUAUACAAAGAAGAUGAAGGUGAAUGGACUAAUUCUGUAGCUAAGAUUUUAUAA